AUGUGUCGGAAGUGUCGUGGAAUAAUGUGUCAAGAUUGGCAUCAUCGUUUAAAUACUGACUUAAACCAUAUUACACAUCCACAUUUUUAUGCAUUUAUUCGUGCAAUUCAAAACGAUCAUGCCUAUAAUUCAGCAAUAUUAUUACGUCAAUUAGCAACUGGAACAUUACGACCACGAAAAAAAUUAUUUGUUAAUCGAAAUGCUCGGCUACAAGAUUUAGAAAAUCGUUAUAAACAACAGACAUUAAGUUUAGAAACGUUUCUUGAAAAAGUUAUGCGAUUAAUUGAUACUUUAAUAAUAUCAUGGUAA